GUGGUGUUAAUGACGGCACUUCCGGUUGGUGUUGUGGGUGUGUACCUCAAAUAGUUUAAAAAGGGGUGAGACGCCUGCUGUAGGGUCAUAGCAUUCAACAGAUUGUCGUCAGUGUUCUUUUCGUUCAAACAUGGACUGCUCAUCAGAAGAUACCCAAGGAUCAAACAGCGCUAACUGGAUGUAUAGGGACCCUCGCACCCUGUCGCCCCUGUCUUCUCCCGCCAAGGACUACUCUGCAUCGAGCAUUGUGGACGGUGAAAGCCAGUUGUCUGAGGCACAGGACAAUGAUGAACAUGUGGAAGGUGGGGGUGUGGCUAUGGAGACUGCUGAUUUAAAGGCUGUACAACCCGGACCCCACUGGCUUCACGAGUAUGCCGUCUAUCUGACCGGAUUGAAUCUGACCUUCCUACACACCGGCGAGGACAGUGAGCUGGAGGUGGACACAGCUAUGAGAGAUGACGGAUGGCCUGUAUCAACACAGAUCCGUUUAAACCCUCCAUCGCUGGCUGUUCUGCGAUUUACCACGGGGCUCUGUGUGGUAGCCAUCAUCAGCCAUCAGAAGCAAGCGGUCUGCUGGGGAUGCCAGUGUGAUUGUCCAAGUCAACGAGGCCAUUCAUGCCUGCAGGGAGCGUCACGUCAUCACUACGAAUCCCACUACCAGGACAUUUGUGUUAUCCUGGACAGACACCCCUUCCUGUUACUUUUAGAAACUGUUUUAAAGAAGACUACAGGGUUGACUGUGUCCCCCGGAAAAAUCUAUGGCGUGGUCGAAUCUUUUCUAUGUGAUUUAAUAGGCAAUACCUAUGAUACCGAAAAACUGGAUUCACUGGCUGCCGUAGAAGUGUCCGAUGAACAUCUGCUUCUGAUACAUGAAGCCAUACAAAUGUGGCGUCCUACAUUGUCAUUUGGCAAACCAAAGCCUGGUGGUGGUGGGUGGCGUUUAUAAUGGGGGUGUUGUUUUCUUAUGCCUAUGAUGCGGAUAGCAAGAUUGUAUCAGAUAGACUAUCCGUUUUGAUGUAUGCUGCCAUAGAAAAUGAUACGUAUGCCCAACAUAAUGCUUAUAUCAAAUGUACGUAUAAGGGUUGGAAUGAUCUGGUCAUGAAAUUCUUGUAUGAUAAACCUACUGAUCAAAUGUUAGCUGAAGUAUUUACCCAUUUCCCCAAUGGUGACUGUUUU